UCAAAUCGAAUUUAUUUUUUGUAAAACAGGAAUAAAAAAUAGUUAAAAGUACUAAUUUAGCUUGAUUUUGUGUAAAUUUAUUGGGUUUAAGUAUUAUUUAAAUGUUUAAAAACAUUAAAUCGUAACGUUUGGUUACUACACCUGCCUAAUUAGAAGCAUUAGUUUUCCGAAGAAGAAACUUAGCGCGGGAAAUCUGAUCGGCUGGUUUUUAUACGAUAAAAUAAUUGCCUUUCCGUUCCCCUUAAAAUGACGAACGACUUGGAUCAUUUCGUCAAGGAUGGAUGUGAAGCCCUCGAAAUAAAAUUAGUACGGGAUGUUGAAGACAUUGAGAACGAUGAUAUAAGCUUUCCCCCAGAGAUGUGUCAUCAGGUAUUUGGUGAAAAUGAGAAUGUGUUUGGCUACACAGACCUCAAGAUAAAGUUAUACCACACAGCAGCCAGCCUUCAAACAUACCUUGGAAUAUCCUACACAGACAAGUUGGAUCCAGCCAAAACAGGUGGUCUGAAACCUGAUGAUAUUGAAGGCUGUAUGAAGAAGGUCUUGGCUCCGGGAUAUUUAAAAAACAUAGAUUUAUUUGUGUCAUCGCUUGAGAAAGAUAAAAAUUUCACACCAUGUGGCACUCUCAAACAUUCUUUCACAGUAACUCCAGAUGAUGGUGGGGACAAGAGAACAUUUGAAGUGUACUUCUCGGAGACAACCACACCAGGGUUUCUCCCGUACCAUGAGCGGUUGCAGACCUUCCUAAUGUGGUUUGUGGAUGCCGCCUCCUAUAUUGACGUAGAUGAUGAUCAAUGGACAUUCUUUACCGUUUUUGAGAAGUACCAGAGCAGUGAAGGUAGUAUCCGUUAUGCCACAGCAGCAUACAGCACGGUAUACCGCUAUUACGCCUAUCCCGCAAACACCAGGCCCAGAGUGUCGCAGGUCCUCACAUUACCACCUUACAGGAAAUUGGGAAUAUGCGCACAGAUGUUACAGGCAAUAUACUCACACUUCAUGAUACAGCCGGAAGUAAGAGAUAUCACAGUGGAGGAUCCAUCAGAAGACUUCCAACGGAUACGAGAUUAUGUUGAUGCCAAGAACUGUGAGACUCUACCCGCAUUCCAGCCAGCCAAGUUGAGGAAUGGAUUCACAACAGAAAUGGCAACCCAAGCGUGUUCUAAAUUCAAAAUCAACAAGAAACAAGCGCGGCGCAUUUACGAAAUCCUGCGUUUGAAGAACACCAACACAUCGGACAAAACGGAGUACUUAGCUUACAGGCUCGACAUCAAGAACAGAUUGAACGCUCCAUUCCAGAAAAAGAAAUUAGAAUUAAACAGACUCCAGAAAGUUCUAAAACCAGAGGAAUUCGCGGCGACCCAAACCGCCGCGGGUCUAGGAGAGACACAGGCCCGUCUGUCGUCUCUUUAUCGUACGCUGGAGAGCGAGUACCGGCGCGUCAUACACCGUCUAGAACACUACUAGCGACAUCUGUUACAGCGCCUUCUGUUGUAUGAAUAAGACCGCACUAGUCGUCAAGGUUGGACUGCACUAAGCUACACUACGCGGCAGCGAAGCGACGCGACACGUCACAGCCAAAUAUUCUUGGAAAUCGUGUAUGAGGCACACCGCACUGCGCGGCAGCUACAAAUUUUUUUCUGAUCUGUAUUUUCCUAGCACAUUAUAAAAAUAACAUAAAUGAAAUAGAGAUGAUAGCUGCGUAAAUAUAUUAGGAGGGUUGGUUGCCGCGUAGUGCAGUCAUAAACAGUAAGUCAUACAAUAACAAUUACAAAGAAUAUUGUCCCAUCGGUACGCCUAAUGCGGUCUAGCUUAUACUCCCAGCCCAACUCGAAACUGGCAUUUACUACAGGAGGUCUUCAGUCUUAAAAUUGUGUUCAAUUGGGCAGUAAAACUUUAUUUUAUUUUUAUGACUUACCGCAUUUGAUGGAUCGAUAUCUGCUAUUUAAAUCUAGUAUUAAUAUAGCUUAGAUCCAGUCAUAAACAGCAAAACAGUGCUGUAAUAAUACAUCAAAUUGUGUGCUCUAAAAAACUCAAGUUCUUUCUUUCGAGUUUCAAUCAGUAGACAUGUUGUUUGGAAUUUGAGUUGAGGCUGAGAUUGCAUCGAAAUCGAGCUGUAUUUUUGGAUUAAAAUAACAGAAACGGGGUUAUCCUCAAACUAUUGCCUUUGUGUUGGAUGUAUACGCGCGAACGAGCGUGUUGGCCGCUACACCGCGAGAUCACAAGUAUGUAACGAUUUAUUUAAAUAGC